CUUUUCGUAGAAAAACAAAACGUUCCACGUAACGGAUCACGUGCGAAUGAUUUAGCCGUUAAGCCUUUCUCAGUUCUCAGCCUCCCUCCGAUGGAUCCACUUUAAAACUCUGUUAAACCCAGAAAUCAUUCACUCACUUGUACUUUCCACCUCCACUUCAGAUCAAGAAAGAGAGGCAUUUAUAUAUAUUGCUGAAUCGAUCAGUUAAUUGUACACAUUUGAUCUCCCUGGCCUGCACUCUCAUCAUUAAUCAAUCAAUGGCUAAAACUGCCGCAGCUUUCUCCCUUCUCCUCUUGCUUCUGUCCUUCCUCUCAGGUGGGACCUUCGCACUAAAGAAUCAACAGAAAACAUGGUGUGUGGCUAAGCCUUCAUCAGAUGAGACAACCUUAAAGAACAACAUAAACUAUGCUUGCUCCAAUGUGGAUUGUAAGAUAUUGCAAAAGGGAUGCUCUUGCUUCUACCCUGACAACUUCAUCAACCAUGCUUCCAUAGCAAUGAACCUUUACUAUCAAGCCAAUGGAAGGAACUACUGGAAUUGCCACUUUGGUGGUUCUGGUCUUAUUGUCUUGACUGAUCCUAGUUAUGGAAGCUGCUAUUAUGCAUGAUUGAAUUGGUUGGCCUUAAUUACAUGUAUUGGAAGAUUGUAUUGCAAGUUUAAUUAUUAGCAAGCAAUAUUAUAUGUUGUAAACAAAACACUGUUUAUUUUAGCAAAAUAGAAUUUGAUGAGGACGUACUACUCUAGUCUGGCUUUGAGUCUACACACAUUAAUAAAUGAAAAAUUCAUGUAAAUAGGUGAGACAAGGAUAUGUUAAUGCAUUCGAAUCCUAGUGAUAUGAGUCCCAAGUAGAUCAGGGAACAAAUAAGAUUAUAUGAAAACAUUCUCAAUUC